CAGGUUCAGGGAGGGCAGCUGCGUCUCAGCCCUUUUCACCCAAGUGGUUGUAAGCGUGGGCCGAAGUGGGGAGGGUCAGGGAAGGGAGCGUCCACGGCGGUUCUUCCCGCCGGAGUCAAUGCUUUUGAAGUCUCGUUUUUACUUUACUCUCCAUGGGAAGUCUGCUAUUUCAUAAUGCAUGUCUGGUGUUUCCCCGAAAAUCUUGCUGUAAAACUGAUGCUCUAGGGAGAUGCGCCUCGUUUACCCACUGGCUUUGAGAACCGCACAGCCGACGGUCCCUGACGCCCCCGUUUGGAGACUCUGCAGCCCAACGCCCAGGGUCGCAGCUGCCGCCCGGCGCCGGGCAAGGGGACAGCGGCUCCCGGCACGUGCUUCCGGGCCCGGACAGCGAAGCCCCGCCCCUUCCUGGUAGCCCCGCCCCCGGCACGUACCACCGGGCGCCUGGGGCUGGGUGAGGGUCGGGGCGGCCCAGUCGGCGCCAGCCUGCCGCACCCCCGUCUCAGCCUGGGCUUGUUAUCCCAAAAGCAGGACCUUCUAGGGUCGCCGUGGGUCGGCCCGGAGGGUCGCGCCUGCCCCUCACGCUCGCCGUCUCCUGCCUGCAGCCCUCAGUACCCCCGGGGCCCCUCGAGUGCGCUCCUCCAGCCCCGAGCAGCCCGGAAGGGGCGGGGCCUGAGGCGGGGGUGGGGCCUGCGCGGCGGAAGCUCUCGGGUGUGUGAGGCGCGUGCGCAGCGGGGCGGCCUCCCGAGCCCGGCGGCACUGGCCCGCACGCUGCAGGGGUCGGGGCGCAUUGCCGGGAACGCGGCCCCCCGUCCUGAUCCCAAGGGCCCUGGUGGGGGUGGCCGACCCCCGCCGCCUCCUCCCCGACCCGACCCAAGCUGAGGCCUCGCCUGGUCUGAGAGCCUGGUCCGCCCGCUGCUCUGGGGUCUGUCCCGGGCCUGCGCAGGUGUCCCGGCCUGGGGCGGGGGCAGGUGGGGUCUUGGUCCUGAGCCUGCCGUUGGGGUCUGCCCUCACAUGUCCUUCGCAGGAACCCCCGGCCUGGCCAUGGACCCCGAGUGCUCCCGGCUCCUCCCGGCUCUCUGCGCCCUCCUGGCGGACCCCAGGCAGCCGGUGGCGGAUGACACCUGUCUGGAGAAACUGCUGGACUGGCUUAAAACGGUCACGGAAGCAGAAUCCAGUCUCCUGGUGCUGCAGGAGAACCCCUGCCUGAUGGAGCUGCUGCUCCACACGCUGAAGCUCCAGGACACGAGUCCCCGAGUCCUGUCCUUCUCGCUCCGCCUUGCAGGGAUCUUUGCAGCCCAGGAGGACUGCUUCCAGUAUCUCCAGCAGGGGCAGCUGCUGCUCGGGCUCUUUGGGGAGGCCGGGCCCCUGGGCAGAGCGGCCUGGGGCGUCCCCGGCGUGCGCAGCGGCUGGGCCCAGGGCCUGUGCUCCCUGGCGCAGCACCCCAGCGCCCUGCAGUUCCUGACCGACUGCGGUGCUGUUGACACCGUCCUCUCCCUGCAGGGAGACCCCAGCCUGUUUGUCGCCUCGGCCGCCAGCCAGCUCCUGGUGCGCGUCCUGGCCUUGGCCCUGCACGGUGGCACCGGGGAGCAGCCCCUCGACGGGCCCCCCUGUGCCCAGAGGGUCGUGGGCCACCUCGAGGAGUGCCUGCGCUCCCCAGCCACCCCCCAGGUCACGCGAGCGCUGGACGUGCUGAGCUCCGUGUUCGGGUGCUGCCAGGGCCCCUGGACCCAGGUCCUGUGGGCGCGGCUGAGCCCCGCUGUGGCCCACCUCCUGGAGGAAGACCCCGUCCCGGCUGCGCCCGUGCUCGUGGGCCUCCUGCUCAGCGUGGCACGCUCCCCUGCCUUUCGCUCCUCUGACUGUGACCUCCUGGCGCAAGCCCUGAACCGGCUGGGACCCAUCCACGCGGGGCCCCUGGCUUUGGGGGUCCUGAAACUCCACUGCUGUCCACAGGCCUUGAGGACCCAGGCUCUCCGUGUGCUGCUCCAGCCCCUGGCCUGCGUCCAGAAAGCUGCUGUUCAGCCCCCCGGAGCCCCAGGCCUGCUGGACACAGCAGGUGACAGCUCUGCGAUGGUCGCCACCCUCCUCUCCAAGUCGUCCUGCGUGGGCCUCCUGUGCCAGACCCUAGCCCAGCUGGAGGAGCUGCAGCCCCCCGUGGGUGGGGCCCGGAUGGGGACAGGCCUCCCCGGCGCAGAGACCACCAGUCCUGCAGCCCCCGCCGAGCCCCUGCCCUGGCCCCAGGCACCCCUGCUGGGGGCUGUGACGAUGACGCUGCGGUUCUGCAAUGGCUCCGCGGCCCCUGCCUCCAGCGUGGGGGGCCGCCUCUGCGGGACCCUGGCGGGCUGCGUCCGGGUGCAGCGAGCGGCCCUCGAUUUCCUGGGCGCACUCUCGCGGGGGAUGGGCCCCCAAGAGCUGGUGACUCGGGUGUUUGCCCUCCUCCUUGAGUACCUCGAGAGCCCUGACUCCAGCCCUACGGUCCUGAAGAAGGCCUUCCAGGCCUCGCUCCAGUGGCUGCUGCACUCACUGGGCCCCCCCAGCCCCUGUGACCUGGGCCCCCAGAUCCAGCUCUUCCUCACAGAGCUGCUGCCCGUGCUGCAGAAGCGUCUGUGCAGCCCCUGCUGGGAGGUGCGCGACUCGGCCCUGGAGUUCCUGGCCCAGCUCACCAGGCACUGGGGAGGGCAGGCCGGCUUCCGACAGGCCCUCCUGGCCUCAGAGGUGCCUGAACUUGCCGAGCAGCUGCUCCACGACCCCGAGAGCUACGUCCGAGCCAGCGCGGUGGCCGCCAUGGGGCAGCUGUCCAUGCGGGGGCUGCACGCCAUCCCCGAGGUCCCGGAGGCCCAGCGGAAGCUGUUCCUCGAGCUCCUGCACAUUCUCUCCACGGACUCAGAGGGUUUCCCCCGCAGGGCCGUGAUGCACGUCUUCACGGAGUGGCUGCGGGACGGCCACGCCGACGUGGCCAAGGACAGGGAGCAGUUCGUGGCCAGCGUCCUCCGGGCGGCGGGCCGCGACCUGGACUGGGAGGUCAGGGUGCAGGGCGUGGAGCUGGCCCUGGUGUUCCUGGCCCAGACGCUGGGGCCUCCUGGUGCCAGCUGCCCCUACGCCGUCGCCCUGCCCGGGGCGGCCCCGCCCGGCCCCCCGGCCCCCGUGGUGCUGCCGACGCUGUGCCGGGCCCAGCUCUUCGAGUUCGCCUUUCGUGCCUUGUUUGACUGCGACCGGGCUGUGGCCCGGAAGUCCUGCAACCUCCUCCUCCUGCUGGGGGCCGCGGUGGACCCCUGCGGUGCCAGCACGGAGGUGGGGGGCGGCCCCAGCUCUGCCAGCGUGGAGGCGGCCCUGCGGAGCUGGCAGGCAGGCGGGCAGGGCCAGCCCCUGGGGCAGCUGGAGCCCGAGGCCGUGGUGGCCGUGCUGCGGGCCCUCGACCUGGAGGGCCUCCGGGCCACGCUGGCCGAGAGCAGCGACCACGUGGAGAGACGCCCCCAGUCCCUCCUGCAGGACAUGCUGGCCACCGGGGGCGUCCUGGAGGACCAGGCUGACUGCUACUGAGGGGCCCCGGCCCCCACCGGGACAGCAGGGGACGGACCUCCCACCAGGACAGCAGGGGCCCACGGGGCUGCCCUGGGGCCCCUCUUGGCUCCUGCCGUCCCAGGGCUGCGAGGCGCCUCCAUCCCAGCCCAGCUCCACAGGGGCCUCUGGGCAGCUGGGACCGGGGAGAGCAACAAGAGGGCACCCACAUUGUAAUUUAUUAUUAAAGAAGUGGCUUAUUUUCUAUACAGAAUAAAUGGCUUCCGACAGAG